UUGAAUCCUUAGGCGACAUAGCCGCGAGGGUCUUAAAACUAAAAAUCUACUUUCUUAAAGGAGAUCGUAUUUCUAAUACACUGGCCAAGAAUGGCGCUACACAUGAAAGGAUGAGGCAAGCCUAAAGGCGAAAUAUUCUUUCACCACAACGAAUUCAACUCCUCUUUCUUCGAAUAAGCGUUCAACUUAUCACCGUAAAUCCGCGUUAAUCUUCUAAGCGGAAAAAAGGAUCCAACUAUAGCUUAAGCAGUAAGAGCAACAUGGCGGCUGCCGCACCAACAGGUGCAUCAUAUGAAGUCCUUCAUACAACUCACAAGAAAGCAAACUUCCAGCGGAUUGCGAGACUAUUAGUGGCUGGAGGCACAGCUCUAAUGCGAGAAAUAUUUGAUCAGUAUUUCAACACACCGCUUCAGUUUCAUCUCAAGCUAAACGUUCCUUUCGUUAAGAACAAGAUUAAGAGGGCAAAACUAACCAAGCCACAAAUGGACUGCCUUUAUCCAAAAACUGGAACAUGUAAUAAAAAUUCGAAAGACUUCGACAUCAGCCUCCUUCACAAACUAUUUAAAACAAUUUGUAACCUUAAUCCACCAGCAUCUGGGUGGGAUGCCUUUCCACCACCAACAGACCACUCUAAAGCUGCCGAUUUGACAAGAAUUAAACAAUACCGCAACAAAAUUUUCCAUGACUACUCUGACAUGGAAAUGGAUGACACCGAGUUUAAUUCGCUAUGGAACGACAUUCGGGAGGCCCUUUUGAGACUAGCACGCUCGAUUAGUCCUUCAACUAGAAGUGCAUGGGAAAGAGCGAUUGAAAAAUUAUAUACAGCUCCGCUAACGCCUGAGGAUGAGAGUAAAGUUAGAGAGUUGAAAAAAAUGUACGAAAAUGAAGUAAGAAGCAAAGAGGAAAUAAAUAAUAUUGAAAAGGCUCUUCAAGUGGGACUUGAUAGUGUACACCAGGCCAUUAAAAGGACUGGUGAUGAUGUUCACCAGGCGAUGCAAAAAGGUUUCAGCGGUUUACAUCAGGCCAUCAAAGAGACCAUGAUGAAAAACUUUCAUCCCAUCGUCGAAAAGAAGAAUGAUUCAGGGACAUCGCCGCAGUUAACAGAGAGCGCUCUCGUCGGAAGAGCGCAAAAUGCUACUGGUUCAGGAUCACGACAGUUACCAGCAGUAGACAAAGUACGGGACUUAGGAGAGCUUUGCAAGAUUGCAGCUGCUGUUGGUAUGAAAACAGAAAAUUUCGAAACAAUAAAAGAAAUACAGGAAAAACUUCAUAAACACAUCAAAGAAAAACGUCAGGAAUCGAGGAAGACGUUUGAAGUGAUCUCCGAAGCUGGUAAAGCUGAUGAACACAAACGAAGUGAGCUUCUACGUCUUUACAUUGAAACGAGAGAAAUACUAAACCAGCUCGAUGAUGAAUUCAUAAAUCCUCUUGAAACAAGUUUGGGAGAUAUCAAAACGGCUCUAGAAGAAAACAUCAGAAGUCUUGCGCCAAGGGAUCAGUAUGUGGUGCUUGUUGCAGGUGAGACUAGUGCUGGCAAGAGUAGUGUUAUCAACCUAAUACUUGGCGAAGAGAUUUUACCAAGUGCCGUUUUGGGUACAACAUCGACAAUGUUCGAGCUCAAGUAUGAUAAAACCCCCAAGGUUGUCAUACAUUUUAACGAUUCUCGUGAAACUAUGUAUUACAAAUUAGUUGGUCCUAAAGAGUCCUUCCAGGAGCAGAUAAAUAGUCUUGUGAGUGAAAAGAAUGAACGUGGGAGAGUAUCUCCUUACAAGAAGAUCGAGCUGUUUUGGCCGCAUCCGUUGUUCCAGGAGCGUGUCAUCAUUGUUGAUAGCCCUGGAGUGGGAGAUAAUAAUGCCAUGAAUGAAGCUGUCCUUAACUACCUUCCGAAUGCCUUCUGCUUUAUUUAUGUCAUCAACAGCACCAAUGCUGGAGGAGUUCAGGAAGACAGACUGGGAAAGUUACUAUCCAAUGCUGCGAGCUGCAAGAGAGAAGCGAAGAUGGACUUAAAGCUGUUUGCUGGUUGUGCCUUGUUCGUUUGCAACAAAUGGGACGAGAUUAAACCCCAUGAAGUAGAGGAGGUGAAAUUGGAACAAAUCAAAAGGCUCACCAAAAAGUUGGGCGGACUCGACCCGCACUUACAAGUUGUUUACCUGUCGUGCAAAGAUGCUCAAUUGGCACAGGAAUACGGUGUUAUAAGAAGCGACUUUGAUGACCUGAUCAGAGGGAUAAGCAAUUUAUUAGUGUCUUCCAUGCAGAAUAACUUGGACAUCUACACGAGAUGGCUCGAUGAUCUUCUAUCUCGUGUCUCUCGUCAAGUUACGCUAUCAAUCAGAUCAACAACUUUGUCACGGCUGGAAAAAGAUCGGAAAAUGAGGGAGAUCAAGAAACGAAUGGAAGAAUUAAAAAGAUCCCAAAAUGAAACCAUAAAAGAACUCGGUAAAUACCAAACGCAAUUAAUCUGGGAGAUUACGGGAAGGUUGGCUUUUUACUUUAAAGCGACGGGCACAUCAACCCGAUUUUGCGAGUGGUCUCCUGCAUCGAAACGGAUUCAUCAGUUCGUUCAAGAGUGGGAGGAUGAAGAGCACGAGUUCGCUAAAGCCCAAGACACAGUUAUUAAAAAUCUUUGUGAGAAGUAUAACAUCAUGGAGGAAGAGAUCCGCAGAGUAGAAGACGAAGUUCUCUUUGAAAACGGAACGGCGGAGGUUUUCCAGCAAGAAAUACGCACUGCUAACCCCCUAAGCAUCCCUGAAGAGGGAUUUCAAAACGGUCCCAUUGCGAGUAAAACUCCUGUGUGGCUCCGGCAAGGAUUAGCAUCUGUUGUAAUUCGCUCUCCGUUGAGUAAACUUGUGUCAAAAUUGAAGGAGAGGCUGGAUUUCUCCAGAAAGCUUAGUAAGUACCAGACCGACCCAUGCACCCACAUGUCUGAGAGAUGUACAGCUUCUCUUGAAAUUCUCUCGGACCAAGACCGUCUCCUUCCGUUUAUAACAGAACAACUUGAAGAUUCGGUGCAGGUUUUAAAUCAGAUAAAAGAGAAAAUUCCUAAAUUAAUAGAAGGUGACGAGCAACUGUACCGACAGCUUCUGUCGGACACGAGAAGUAAGGCUGACAUCCAGAAUUUCUAUGAGCCUAUAGGUGAGAAACUAGAGUCACUGAAGGGAGAAGUGAUCGUCUAUGCUUUGAAAGAAAUAAGGCGAUCCGACUUUUCUGACGGAGAUUUGAAAUGGACAGAAGAUGACAGGUCCAUCGUCGGUAGAGGUAGCUUGUCCACAGUUUACUCUGGUGUACUUUCCCGUAAGGAAGAAAAGGAAAUAAAGGUCGCUUUGAGAGUUCACACAGAUCUUCUUUCAAAGGAAAACGUGGGGCAAUUUUGGAAUGAAGAUAUGACUAUGAGGGAGAUACGCGGACAUCCAAGUAUUGUGGAGUUUUAUGGGACACAUCUUCUCAGAGGACCAGAGGGUACCAAAGUUGUGAUGGUAUCGGAGCUCUGUAAGGAUUCCAUCGAGAAAUACAUUUUGUCUAAUCGUGACCAGGCCCCUUUCCGUACGAGGAAUAAAGUGUUACAUUGGGCUGUGCAAAUCGUUGACGCUUUGUGCUUUAUCCAUAGUAAAGAACUUUCCCAUCAGAAUUUGAAAUUGAAAAAUGUGUUGCUUACCCAAGACGAAAACGUGAAGCUCAAAGGCAUCGGCAGCGGUUCAUUUAGAGUGAAUAAAGAUAUCAUAGAAGAUAACACCCGUUAUCUAGCACCUGAAGUGUUGGAAAGUAAGUGUCGAAACUACGACAGUAAGUCUGAUAUGUUUAGCUUCAGUAUUUUGCUUUGGGAAUUGUGGUUCUGUGAGAAAGCUUUUCAAAGCUCGAUCACCAGUCAUUCACAGCACUUACAAAGGCUAAAGAGGGGACUCCGCCCAACACAUUUAGAGGGUAAAGACCGUCCAUGGCAAGUUUGGACAAAAGUCAUGGAAACAUGCUGGGAAGGUGAACCAAGUGCCCGAUUAACUGCUGAGGAAAGCUGGAACAGAUUACGUAGGUUGGAGUCUGCUUGGAGGAAAACACAACCAGUGCGAUAGACACCACCACCGAAACCAUCUUGAAAGUAAAAACAAAGCUAGCACUAUAAUCAUCUUGAGACUCAUCCGUUGCUGUUUCACUAUAUUUUAGUUGAGGCUUGCCGUCUAUAACGA